CCUUCCCGGUGCCGGCAGAUCCUUGAAAGGGCUUGUCUUCCCCCCCCCUGCGAACCUGUGGUCUGCGCAAAUCCUUCCUCCUUUUUCUCCGCGCUGAGUGAACGAGCACGACGACCUACGACGACGAGCAGACUUUAUCUUCCUUUCAGUGCGCAAUUAAGGGAUCGGGAACGCAAAGACCGAACGCGAGGAAAGGAACGAACGGCUGCAAAGAUGGGUCUCAUGGGAAAGCUACAAGCAAAACUCGAGCUCUACCGCCUCGAACAACGGUACACCCGCCGCUCCAAACGCACCACCUUCAUCUCCGACGCGCGGUACGUGGACGGCGAAUACAUCUACGCGUCCACAGGCACCAACUCGCCGACCGCCUCGCCAAUCACGAGCCCCAAGGAGACAAGAGAUCGGUGGAUCCCGACAAUAAAGGAGGAGCGAAGAUGAGGGGAGACGGGAUGUAACGGCCGAUUUGCGAUUCUUUGGGAGAGUGAUGAUGCUGGGAGUAGCGACGAUGAGGGGAUUGCAAUGGCAGGGAAGAACGGCGAGUGGGCCGGAGAUACCCUCGAGACGAGUUGCAUUGCAUUGCAUGAUGCGCAGCGAGUUGAAGCGGUUGGCGAUUUCACGAUUCACAUGGCUUUUUGGAGUACGGUCAUCGGCGGGUGGGUUGCAUUAGCGAAUAUAUUGGAUCGUGCGGAC